UACAAACCUUUCCCAGCUUAAACCCUUUAUCCACCCGUUGACGGCACUUGGGUAAACGCCUUACCCACGGUUUGGCCGAAAUCUCACCAAUGUCGAGGACCGAAAUUUCGUUCCUUCUUUGCUUCAUCGGGGCAUUCGUUCAUGGCUGCGCUCAGAAUCCCAGUUUGGGUACAGCUCGUGUGGUUUUCCAGACCAAUUAUGGCGAUAUCGAAUUCGGGUUCUAUCCACAUGUUGCCCCCAAAACAGUGGAACACAUUUUUAAGCUUGUAAAAUUGGGUUGCUUUAAUACCAAUUAUUUUUUCAGAGUUGAUAAGGGUUUCGUUGCCCAAGUUGCGGAUGUGGUGGGUGGUAGAACAGCUCCUAUGAAUGAAGUGCAAAGGGAGGAGGCUGAGAAAACUGUUGUUGGUGAAUUCAGUGAUGUGAAACAUGUUAGAGGAAUCCUCUCUAUGGGAAGGUAUUCUGAUCCAAAUAGUGCAUCAUCCUCAUUUUCCAUCCUUCUAGGUGAUGCUCCCCAUCUAGAUAGAGAGUAUGCAAUAUUCGGUAAAGUAACUAGCGGUGAUGAGACAUUAAGAAAACUUGAAGAGCUGCCUACACGUAGAGAGGGUAUCUUUGUCAUGCCAAUGGAGCGAAUCACUAUUCUAUCAACGUACUAUUAUAACAUUGAGGAGAAAGAAUCAGGGUUAGGGUGUGAGCACGAGAGGUCCAUUUUGAAGAGAAGACUAUCUGAGUCUACUCUCGAAAUCGAACGACAGCGGAUGAAAUGCCUUCCGUGAUGUAACAUCGCCGCAUUUGGUAGGUCUCUCGUGAAUGUUAUGUGACCUGUAUUUCUGUAUGACCUGUGGAUAGAGAGUCUGUCUGCUCCUAUGGAUGCAUUUUUAAUUGUAUUUGUGAUGAAUGUACUACGAAUGGUAAUCUCUCUCUCUCUUGUCUCUGACUACAUAUGGCCAGUAAGCAAAGCCACCACCAAUGCAAUGCCUACCUUUGAAUUA